AUGAAGCCUCAAGUCCUUCUCGUGGCUGGUCUCGCUACCGUAGCCAUAGCCGAUCAAUGGCCCAUGGCCAAGGAGAAAUGCGGUCGUCUCGGACCCAUGGAGUGGGAUCCCAAUGACCUUCCUCCCGAUGUUGAUGUCAUGAAUAUUCGAAUGUGUGCCGAUCAUCCUAUGGGGGCCGGAAACUACUGGGGAUGGGGCGAAUAUCUCCCUGACUGGUUUCCUCGCAACCCUCUUGCUGACAUGGAGAUCAACUGGCUUUGGUGGCCUUAG